AUGGAAGCAAAAGACGAACUUGCACAACUAGAAGAACUUUUGUGUGCAGAUGCACCCGAUAAGAAAAUUGCAAUUACAGGAGACCGCCUACAAGAAGUUAAUAUAUUUAUUCCGGAAACCCACGAUAUCACAAGUGACUCUGAUGCGACGUGUUCCGUAGUUCAUACUGGUGAUACGGAUUCUUCGGACGAUGAAGAGAGAAGAAAUUACACAGAACGCAAAUAUGAUGAUUAUGGAUCACUUGUUAAAAAGUCCCUCCAGCAAAAGGACCAGGAGUGUAUAGAAGAAAGAUUAGAAUUUGAAAGCAGACUACGGGAAAGAAAUAGGGAUAUGAAACUUUCAAAAAUUAUAGCGAAAAAGGCUAGCACGUCUGGCUCAUGUAACAAUGAAACGUUUAGAACGCCAGAUAAGAAAAACAGUACGCUUGAACUCUUUACCGAUCCUGUAUUUGGUAUCCGUAUAAGUAAACCUCUUGUUUCUAUGACUGCCCUAGUGGAUCGAAUGCAUGGUAGAGAAGCAGUCAACAUGCUUAGAGUGAAAAGAUAUGUAGAAAACGAAAAUCUUAGCAAAGACUGGGUAAUCGCAGGAGUUAUAAUUAGAAAGAGUUCAACCAAAAAAUCUCAGAAGGGAAACCAAUUUGUUAUUUGGACUCUAAGUGAUCUCAAGGAUGAUAUUAAAACAGUUUCAUUGUUUCUUUUUCGUAAAGCUUAUAAUGAACUAUGGAAAACUAGUGAAGGUACCAUUGUAGCGGUUUUAAACCCCAAUGUGCUUGAUAGAUCAGAAAACAGUAAAGACCAAGCGUGCCUCAGUGUCGACAAUUCAGACAGGGUCAUGCUUUUAGGGCAAUCCAAAGAUUUUGGUAUUUGUAAGAGUAAGAAGAAAAAUGGAGAACCUUGUAGUAGUGUUGUUAAUACGAGCCUAGGCGAUCAUUGCAUAUACCAUAUAAAACAAGAAUACCAAAAAUUUUCAAAGCGCCAAGAACUUCAGUCCUCCACUAUGGGAAAGGGGCUUAUUAAUUUAGAAAACAAAGUUUUUGGUAAAAACACAUUUAUAUAUGGCGGUAAGGCUUAUUCUGCAUUACCUCUGAGUAAUCAUAAAACUGUUAAAGACAGAGAUCAAAACAGGUUAAUGUCAUUGAGUGAUUAUUAUAAAUCUGAAGGUGACAAAUUGAUGAUUAAUAAAGCACCAAGUAAUGGCAUUGUGCUUAACAAAAGUGGAUUAUUACAUAGUCCAAAAAUAUCCAAGAUUAGUGAUACACAUAGACUAAAUGCACUAAGUCAAUCACCUACCAAUCGGCAGAGUUUGUCUGAAAAGGUUGGAAGUUCCCCGACUUUAGGUUUUGGACUAAAAGGUGGAGGCAUGAUCGACCUUAACAUGACCUUUAGUCAAAAGCGAGCCGAAAAAGCUAAGUUUAAUGCAGUGAAAUUGAUACAACAGAGUGGAGGGAUUCCAAAAAUUGACCCAAACAACAUAAAAGGAACAUAUGUAGGUAAAAAACGUGCCCUCGAAAAGCUUUUGACAGACACAGAUUUACAGGAAAAUAGUAAUAAAAAACCAAAACUAAAAGGGACUCACAUAGAACCAAAUGUUACAGAGAGUAAUGCGAGAGCACCUAGUUGCAGUAGUAGUAGUAAAAUAAUUAUGUCUGAACGAUUUAAAAAAAUUCUCGAAGCAACUUCGGCGCAUGAACAUUUACUAAAAGAGCAUGACGACGCGGAACAAAAUAAGUACUUUAAUAAAUUGGAAAAGAAAGAAGCAAUGGAAGAGAAAAUGUUGAAUACAUUUAAAAUCGCUUGCAAAGCGGUUCGAUGCGUCAAGUGCAAGUACACUGCUUUUUCAGCCGCAGAACUUUGCAAAACCGAUCGUCAUCCCCUUAAAGUGAUCGAAACAUUUAAAAGAUUUUUCAAAUGUGCUGAUUGCAACAAUAGAACCAUUUCAUUUGAAAUACUGCCGUUGCAAUCGUGUAACAAUUGUAAAAGUUCAAGGUGGAUAAAAGCUCCAAUGCUAAGAGAGAAGAACGAAUUACUUACGGAAACUCUUUCUAUUCGCGGGGAGGAAGAGGGUUUUAUUGGAGCAGAAAUUAAAGGGGGGAAGAAUAUAAGUUUGCUCGUACCAGAUAGCUAA